UCAAUGAAAAAGUAUGCCAUCUUCAACCAAGAAGAAAAUUUCAGCACUGACAUAAAGUCUUCUUGCAGUGCAGUAAGACCAGCAAGACAGCUAAAAUCCCUAUUGAAGAAGUCUUUCCAGAUUAAAAGAGGUAGUCGAAGACUAAAAGACCAGAUCUCACUCAGUGAAGGAACAAUGACAAGAGAGCCAGAGAAGAGAAAGAAAAAGUGUGUCACCAUCAACAAAGAAGUACAUUACAAUACCAAUAAGAAGCCUUUUUGCAGGGGCAUACGACCACCUGAAGAGCUGAAACCAAUACUUAAGAAGUCUCUUCAGAUCAGUGGAGAUAAUGGAAGAAAUCAAGACCAAAUCUCACUCAGGCUCUCUGAAAGACCUCAUGUUACAACAGAGGACAUGGCCACCACCUCUGCUAUUAAGGAGGAUAUUGACAACUCUUCCUCCAGGUACACGAUCAUACAGAAACAAAUUUUGUAUUACAAGAAGAUCACUGCAAUGAAGAAACUGGACCAAGCAGGUCUUAGCAAAUCAGUGCUAGACCUAAGUACUCUGGGAGAGGCACUUCCUGAAUUCUCUAGAAAGAAAUCAUUCUUCAUGGUUGAAACAAAGAAGGGAGAAGGUGUCCUUCCUCCACCUAAUGUGCAUGACAUCGUGCCCCAGCCUCCUGCCCAUGCUGAUGCGACAUCAACUUCUCAUGUUAGUGAAAAAGGUGACAAUCGUCAGUCACCUGAGGAAACUACUGUUAAGAACACCAGCGUUAGUGAAAGAGGUGACAGUCGUCAGUCACCUGAGGAAACAGCUGUUAACAACACCAGCGUUAGUGAAAGAGGUGACAAUCGUCAGUCACCUGAAGAAACUACUGUUAACAACAUCAGCGUGGAUCACACACGUUCUCUAGGUGACGCAUUGCACCCUCAGAAUGCUAAUAUGCGGGUUCUUGCUUCAAGUCCCGCUCACCGCACCAGCUAUGCAGCGAAUACCCCCACCAAGGUUUUUUCAAUUUGGGCAGCAACCACAUCAUUGCUCCUCCUAACAUCGUCAUUAUGGUUGCUGAAGUUGGUGGCUUUGAUGAUGCCGUGGGUAUGGAACCUAAUUUAGAAAUCCUGCACAGUUAAAGUUACAAGGAGCUUAACAAGUUUCUGCUGAAGAACCUAUGAGGAUCUCCUGUCAUCAUCAAGUAACAAACUGUCAGAAACAUUUUUUGAGGUUUUCUUUCAUUUUAUUGUUUGAAGAAUAUUUUCAGUUUACUCUUUGACAUUUUAAUGUAUGUAAUUUAGUUUCUGCUGAAGAACCUAUGAGGAUCUCCUGUCAUCAAGUAACAAACUGUCAGAACAUUUUUUGAGGUUUUCUUUCAUUUUAUUGUUUGAAGAAUAUUUUCAGUUUACUCUUUGACAUUUUAAUGUAUGUAAUUUAGUUUCUGCUGAAGAACCUAUGAGGAUCUCCUGUCAUCAAGUAACAAACUGUCAGAAACAUUUUUUGAGGUUUUCUUUCAUUUUAUUGUUUGAAGAAUAUUUUCAGUUUACUCUUUGACAUUUUAAUGUAUGUAAUUCAGAUCAUCCAUGUUGCUCAUAUCUUCCCCAUCUCUGUCCUCUGCCUCCAUCCCAUCCCCUAACUUGUCCUCAUCCCAUUUUUGUGUCAUUUAUCUUAAGGAGUGUGACUUCCAGUAGGAUCCCCACAGCCAAGUGCAUGUGGACAUUAUCAGUUGGACUGAGUGUGGUAUUAAAAUAGGGAGGGAGA